UCAGUGAUACGCUGUCAGAAUGCCGAAGAAUAAGGGAAAGGGUGGUAAAAACAGACGUCGUGGAAAGAACGAGAACGACAACGAGAAGCGUGAGCUGACCUUCAAGGAGGAAGGACAAGAAUAUGCCCAGGUUGUCAAGAUGUUGGGUAACGGCCGACUAGAGGCUCUUUGUUUCGACGGAGAGAAACGCCUGGCUCAUAUCCGCGGAAAGCUCCGUAAGAAGGUCUGGAUCAACCAGGGAGAUAUCAUCCUUCUCUCGCUUCGUGACUACCAGGAUGAAAAAGGAGAUGUCAUUCUCAAGUACAACGCCGAUGAGGCCAGAAGCUUGAAGGCAUACGGCGAACUCCCAGAGAGUGCCAAGAUCAACGAAACAGAUACCUAUGGCCAUGAGGGUGUUGACGACAACGUCGAGUUCGAUGAGGAUCGUGAUGAUAGCAGUGACGACAAGGACAUCGAUGUUGAUGAAAUUUGAACUACCACCCUCCAAAAGCGGCACGUCCUGGCUCGAUGGAUUGAUUCUACUGUUCCACCAACAGCAUCUAUCCGGUCGCCACUGUCCAUUAAGAAACAUGAGGACGUAUGGUUUUCUUUCCAGCGGCUUAUAUUCAUAAACUGGAUGAUGAAGGCUCUUAUUUAUUGGAUCCCAAGAGUAUUACCCAUCAAGAAAGGAGAUCGAUUUACCUGGCCGGACCU